AUGUUUUCUUCGGGUUUGAGUGAUGGUAGUGAAAUUAGCGAUGAUGGCUCUUCCACCGGAUCGUUAGAGAAUCAGAAAUACAAAUGUAAAUAUUGUCCUAAGAGGUUCGAUAAAUCACAAGCAUUGGGUGGCCAUCAAAAUGCUCACAGAAAGGAGAGAGAGCUCACAAAAAAACGUAAUCUUGGCCAAUUGAACCAGUCCGGGUUAGAUCUGUACAGGUCUUCGUUUUCGUAUCCGUAUAAAUUUCCAAAGGAGUAUGCACUUCCACCGGGAUUUGAAGAACCUCGUUACAAAGCUGAUAGGUUAGAGAAUCAAACCAUGAUGAACGAGUACGACAAAUAUGCAGAAUCCUUAGGUUCUAAUUUUGUAGGACAAUCCCAACCUCAACCAUUAUUUUCUCCAUCGUCACCAUUGAGCUUAGAUCUUUGCCUUGGUACUGGUAAACCUCAAACCCAACCGAUAGAAACAACCAAUGCAGCUGACGAAAUGGUUGGAGAGAAUGAAAAUGAUGGCUCUCCUCUUUCUCACUCACUCAAACGGUGAAAUUGUAAUGUUUACAUUCUUUAAUUUUCAGUUCAGCUUUUUGAUUCUCGACUCUUGUUUAGUGUUAAUUUAAUAGUCUUGGCUUGUGUCAAAUCUUU